UAACUCGGAAUAGUGGAGCAAGUGGACCGCAUCUGAAUUGAAGAGGAAUGGAAAUUAUCGUCGAAAACCUGUUACCAAGGUUUGAUUUCCUCUGCCGAUUUUGCCUGGCAGAUGGUAACUGUACACCGAUAUUUCUACCGAAUGGAACAUUCAAUGAAAGGCUAAAAAAAUCAUUCGAAAUUAUUGUUUCCAAAGUGGACGAGAAUGAUGGACUGCCAAACAACAUAUGCGCAAAGUGUCUUUCGUGCAUUGAAGAUUAUGUCGAUUUCGAGGCAAAUUGUGAUGCUUCGUAUAAAACACUGGCCCAACAUUUGGAACGAACAAAGCCAGAACAGAGCUGCGAGACUGUAGCAGAGGCAGAGAGAAAUGGAUUGUUUGCGAUUGAAUAUCUUGAAGAGUACGUAUAUGAUGUGGAACAGAACGUAAUCGAUACUUGCCCGGAGAAAGCGUUACAGCGUGAAGAAACACAAAGUGAAGAUUAUGUGCAAAGCGGGGACAGUAAUCUAGCAAAUACGGAAGAUAUCGUAACUGAUGGCAAAAGCAACAAACAAGACACACAUCCGUCGUUCACCAAGGAAACAGAAUCAAUAGAAACGGGUUUGCCAGCGGAACAUAGGGGCCUGUUUCUUGCCGCUAUGCAGACAAAAGAAGUGGACUCUGUCAAGAGAGGCAACCGCACAAUUCCUAUUGUUGAAUGCAUGUUCUGCAACAAGCUAUAUCGUGGUAGAAAUACAUUAAAAAAACACCUAAAAAUUCACUUCCAACUGAAAAACUAUAACUGUACCUUUUGCGAUAGGGCUUUUACUGAUCGUUCUUCGCUUCGCCUUCAUGAAGUACGCCACACAAGAAUUAAAGCCUUUAAAUGCGACCAGUGUGAUAGAUCAUACUUUAGCAGCAGCGAACUGAAGCAACAUUGCAACAUGCAACAUGGAGAUAAGAUUUAUGAAUGUAAAGUGUGUUCGGCUCGCUUUUCGGCCAAAGCCAUUUUAGAAGACCACACCACCUGCCACCGGCCAGAUCGUCCUUUUGUUUGCAAUAUUUGUGGACUAUGUUUCAAGCGCAACCGAAACCUAAACCGGCACAUGGGCAUACACUCGACAAAGACGAAAGAUCGGCAAACUCAGGACUUUCCCGAUUGUUUCUGGUGUACGCUUGUAUUUGAAACACCGUCCAAACUUCUCCAUCAUCUGAGGGACAAACAUCGCCAGGAGUAUGAACAAAGUCGUGUCGGUUCGUAUCGAUGCGCCGAUUGUUUGAAAACGUUCACCAGUUUAGAUGAUUUUCUGCAACAUCGUAGCACACAUUCAUUAAUUGCCAUACAAACGGAGGGAGGGACGCUCCGUCAGUGUGGGGAAUGUGGAAAACAGUUCCGUUACCGAUCGUUGGCGAUGAAACAUCUCCGAACACAUAGAUCUAGUAAUCCCAUACCUCAAUCUUAAUUCUAUUUAAUCAUUGUAUGUAAUGUAAUCAUUCAACGAACGUUAAUUCCACACAGAUGAUGGAAAUGGAUGGAUUCUAGAAAGAUUAAAAUUGUAGCUUGAUGAGAUUUAUGGAACCGCAAUAAAUCAAAGUUACGACUACUCA